UUAUCAGCAAUUUAUUUCUGCUUAGCACUCAUUUACUAGAAUUCGGCGUUUUAUAAACGACAUUAUAUACCAGUAAUGUCCCAAACAUUGCUAUGGGCCCUGGGCUUAGCGCUCCUGGCGGUUGCCAAGGCCGACAACCCUAUAUCUUAUUAUAUAGAAUCCCAGGAUUUCCCAUUUGAUGAAAUACCAGAAGAUACGAUCUCCAGAAAUGAUCAACGAGUGUACAGACUCCCAACGUCUGUGGUUCCCGUAGAAUAUGAUAUUCAUAUAAAUCUAUUCUUUGCUGAGAGGACUGAAAAACCAUUCAGCUAUGAAGGAUUUGAGACCAUCAUUGUUGAGGCAAAGGAAGAAGUCAAUGAAAUCGUCCUUCAUGCUAAUGUGGACAGAAUUCAGUCAAUCUCGGUGUUUGACUCCACGGGCAGACCUCUCAGACUACAGCGAUUUAAUCCAUUCCAUACGGAGAAAGUCUACCACUUUCUGAAGAUCAAUCUCGCUGAGACUUUGGCAGUUGGCGCGAAAUACACUCUUCACAUUAAUUAUGAAGGUACCAUGAACGUAGGGCCUAUGAAGCGAGGUAUUUGGAGGGGAUGGUACGUCGACAGUAACAAUGUUGAAAGGAUUUACGCCACCACUCACUUCCAGCCUUAUAAUGCCAGGCAGGCAUUCCCAUGCUGGGAUGAGCCUUAUUUCAAGGCAAUUUUCAAACUACACCUUAGUAGUCCAUCAGGAUAUACUGGAACAUUCUCAAACACUGCCAUCGAACAAACAGUUUCUUUACCCAACAACCGAGUAAGAGUGGACUUUGCGCCUACACCCAAAAUGUCUUCUUACCUCGUCACUUUCUUAGUCAGCGAGAGCUUCCAAGUCAUUGCUCAGGACACCUCCUUCGAUCCUCCGAUCAGGAUCAUCGGCAGAUCUAACACGAACGGUCUCGCAGACCACGCCUUGGACCUGGCUGUUAAAAUGACCAAGUACUUUGAUUCUUACUUCGAAAUCCCUUAUUCAUCUCUAAGCCCUAAUUUAUUGAAUGAUCACAUCUCAUCUCCUGAUUGGGCUUCAGCUGGUACUGAAAACUGGGGAAUGGUCAGUUACAGAGAGCUCUACCUGAUCUUAAGUGAAGAAGAGACACUUAUGUCUGUUGAGCACUACGCUGCUACUCUGGUAUCCCACGAGCUCGCACACAAAUGGUUCGGCAACUUGAUCACUUGCCACUGGUGGAGUAACACCUGGAUCAACGAAGGAUAUGCCAGCUACUUCGGAUACAUUGCAACUCAUGAGAUGUUCCCUAAAUACGAGUUUCCUGACCACUUCAACACCCGAUACCUCCAGACUUCUCUGUCCUUCGACUCUGGUGUCAGCACUGUUCCUUUGAACCACGACGUCAACACUCCUGCUCAGGUCACCGGUCACUUCGGAACUAUCAGUUACUCGAAAGCCGCAGCCUUUUUGAGAAUGACUGCUAAUAUUAUGUCCCCAGAGACCUUUAGGAAGUCUUGCAAAUUGUUCUUGCAAAGCAAUGCCUACUCACCUACUGAUCCAGAUGAUCUAUUGAAAUCUAUGCUCGAAGCCAUUGAAGAAGACAACUCUUUAGCUGACUACGGAAGCUUCAGCUUUGCUGACUACUACAACAUCUGGGUUAACGAGCCCGGAUACCCAAUUCUAAAUGUUACUGUUAACCACACUACCGGAGUGAUCUCCUUGUCUCAGGAACGAUUUUUCCUAAGUUCGUCUGCUGCACCUACUGGUCAAAUCUAUCCAAUUCCUAUUACUUUCUCAACAAAAACAAACCCCAGCUUUUCAAUCCUGAAGCCUUCUCAUAUAAUGACGGGAGCGACUCUCACCAUAAACAAAGCGGCUGUCGAAGAAUGGGUGAUAUUUAAUAAUAUGCAGCACGGUCACUACAGAGUUAACUAUGAUUCGAAAACCUGGUCUCUGAUUGCGGAAGCUUUGUUAGAGGAACCCUCACCAAUCCAUAUUUUGAACAGGGCUCAGAUCGUGGACGAUGUCUUUGCCCUAAUGAGAUCGAACAGGAUGACACACAAUGACGGCUUCAAAAUUUUGAAGUUCUUAGCCAAGGAGACCAGUAUACACAUUUGGAGCCCUGCUAUUAGUGGGUUUACCUGGCUAAGGAAUAGGCUGCGACACCUACCGGCAAAACAAGCUGAAUUUGAUGCAUUUCUUCUCAGUCAAAUGGAACAUGCAAUCAACGAAUUAGGUUAUGAGCCAAAGCCCAAUGAGACGCCUACAAUUACGAUGGCUCGUCAAGACAUCCUACAGUUCGCUUGCACUCUCGGCCAUGAAAAGUGCAACCAGGAUUCUUGGGAGAGAUUCGUUAACCUGCGAGAUAACGGGGUUCCGAUCAACGCUCGUAUCCGUCGUAACGUCUACAUGACAGCUAUGAGGAAAGGAAACCAACGCGACUUCGAGUAUUUACUGAACCGCUUCAGAUCGUCCAACUAUGCUAACGACCAACUGGAAAUGUUGCGAGGAAUGGGCGCUUCUACUGACCCUGAGUUAUUGACCAGAUAUUUGGCAUUGACGUUACAAAAAGCCGUUAGGACGCAUGACAAGCUGAACUCCUUUAACUACGCCCUUCUUGGAAACAACGAGAACGUUAAAACUGUCGUCAUGUUCGUCAAGCACAACAUUGAUCAAAUUAGAACAGCAUACGUUGAAGAUUCUCCAGCAAACCCAGUCCAUAGCGCCCUAUCCAAUAUCGCCGCGUACUUAGAUGAGGAUGGUCUGGACGAUUAUGAACAUUGGCUCCGUACAACACAGUCUGGUAUACCGCAGUUUAAUUCAGCAAUUUCUGGUAUCAACUCUGCUCGCAACAACAUAGCUUGGGGCACAGCGAACGCUGACGUCAUCCUUGCUGCUGCAAGAGGCAGCGCUGCCGCUGCAGUAGCUUCAAUAACGCUACUGAUCUGUAUGGCUCUCCUGUCGACUUUUGUUUACGCCAUGCUUUUCCCCACUCUUUUGUGCCUGGCUCUCGGCCUGGUUGCCAGAGCUGACUUCCCUUUGGAGUACGCGGAGCCAGCAGCUCGCAGUACUGACACAAACUACCGUCUCCCUGAAGACUUCAGCCCAAAACACUACGAUGUAGAAGUCACACCUUACUUCGAAGCUGAAGGCGAACAUGAGGCAUUCACAUUUGAUGGCAAAGUUACAAUUGAAGUUGUGGCCGACAAACCAAACCUUGAUACAAUCACCGUCCAAGCAAAUGUAAGACGGAUAGUAUCCGUUACGAUCACUGAUAAAGACGGAGCUCCUUUGAGAUUAAACCGUUUCAACCCCUUCGACGAAAUCAAACAGUACCAGUUCUUAAAAGUCUAUUUGGCUGAGGGACUUACUUUUGUAGAAAAGGAUACUUACUACUUAACAGUUGAGUAUAUCGGAAACAUUAAUGAAACUCCACUAUCCAGAGGAGUGUUUAGAGGAAAUUAUAAGGACACGACAGGCAAAGUGCGUUGGUACGCGGCAACUCAUCUUCAGCCCACUCACUCUAGACAAGCUUUCCCUAGCUUUGACGAACCAGGUUUCAAAUCUAGUUUUACCAUAGUCAUAAACAGACCAGAGCAUUUCGCUGACAGUUUUUCCAACAUGAGGCUCAAAAACAAAAUUACUAUCGGCAACCGUGUCAAGGAGACUUUCGAAGACACUCCAGUAAUGUCUGCCUACCUGGUUACCUUCCAUAUAAGUGAAACAUUUACUGUGAUCGCUGACAACGAAGACCCAGACAAGUCUUAUAGAAUCCUCGCCCGACCUGAGGCAAAAGGACAGGGAGAAUACGCUUUGGAAGUUGGACCUCCCCUUACUGAGUGGUUGAGCAACUAUUUUAAUAUUGAUUACUAUUCGAUGAUAAAAAACAUCAAAAAUGAUCAGAUUGCAUCUCCUUACUGGGCAUCCGGAGCUACCGAGAACUGGGGGCUGGUGACUUACAGGGAAGUUCGUCUACUUUUCGACAAGGAUCAAACGAAUGCUCUGGACAAAAUGUAUAUUGGUACAAUAACUGCACACGAACUGGCUCACAAGUGGUUCGGUAACCUGAUCACCUGCAGGUGGUGGGACAAUGUCUGGAUCAAUGAAGGCUUCGCCAGUUACUUUGAAUACUUUGCUAUGGAUGGGGUGGACGAAAAACUUGAGUUAGCUGAUCAGUUCAACCUCAUGUACUUACAAAGUGCUCUAUCUACCGACUCCUCCGCAAGCACCAGAGCUUUACAGCACGCAGUGAACAGCCCCACCGAAGUGACGGGCCACUUUUCUGGCAUCAGUUACACCAAGGGAGCUACUUUACUCCUAAUGUUGAAGAAUUUAGUUGGUGAUAGCACUUUUAGGAAAGCCCUAAACCUGUUUUUGGUUGCAAAAUCCUACCAACACGCAUUCCCAAGCGAUCUAUUUAAUGCCUUUAAGCAAGCUUUAGAUGAGGAUAAAACGAUAGACGUUGAUAUUUAUUCCUUUAUGGAGUACUGGGUUGAUCAGCCUGGUUAUCCGGUCCUCAACGUUAAUGUUAAUAUGGAUACUGGUGCUAUUUUUGUCAACCAAGAACGAUUCUUCAUCAGUUCUUCAGCAAGUCAAACGGAUCAAGUUUGGCCAGUUCCAAUAACUUACACGACUGAGAGGGACCCUAAGUGGAAUUUCGAUGUUGAAGUCGUAAUGACGGAAAGAACUCAUGAACUCCAGAAAUCUCCAGGAGAAGAAUGGGUUUUAUUCAAUGUUGGACAACAGAAUAUGUACAGAGUUAACUACAAUAUCAGAAACUGGCAGUUGUUAGCCGCAGCUCUCAACGAGGACCACACCAAAAUACACCAUCUAAACAGGGCUCAGAUUGUCGAUGACGUGUUCGCACUAACACGCUCCGUCAGAAUGUCCUACACCCUCGGUUUCCAAGUGCUUGAAUUCUUGAAGAAAGACACCAGCUACUACUCUUGGUACCCAGCCACCACUGGCUUCAACUGGCUGAGAAACAGGUUCUUGCAUCUACCCGCAGUGUUAGCUGAAUUUGACGAAAUUAUUUUCGAAUACCUGGAAGCCGUUAUUGAAGACCUCGGCUAUGACGUAGUUGACGGUGAGCCACUAACAAGGACAUUGAACAGAUUCUUCACCAUGUCUUUCGCAUGUAACAUUGGACAUGAGGGCUGUGUGAGCCAUGCCGUUCAAAAUUUCAACAACCUAGUCCAAAAUGGUGUUAGUGUAAACCCGAACAUUCGACGACACGUGUACUGCGAGGGUCUUCGUGCCGGAGGUCUAGCAGAAUGGCAGCACUUACGCGAUUUAUAUGACAGCUCAAACAACCAGGCCGACCAGGUCGUGAUGCUUAGAGCCUUGGGAUGUACCACAAAUGAUCAGGCUAGACAAAAUUACUUGGAAAUGAUCCUGGAUGAUGACGUGGUGAAGCACCAGGACCGCUUGAACGCCUUCUCUUUCCUGCUCAUGGGGCACCGGUCCAACGCUAAGGUGGCUCUCGACUUCCUCAAGGCAAACGUUGAUAGAAUCAGAGAAGGAGUCGUCCUCCCAGCUUGGUUCAACAGCGUCAUCUCAAACAUCGCAUCUUAUUUAGAUGAAGAAGGCUUACAGGAUAUGGAAAAAUGGCUUGCAGAUAACAAAGAAACCUUCCCUGAAUAUUCGGUAGGCGUUAGUUCUGUCAACUCGGCUCGUGCCAAUAUGAAAUGGGGUACGGACAAUGCACAGAGUGUGCUAGGCGCUGCGAAAGGAUCCGCAACAAUCGUACUACCAACAACAAUGAUUCUACUGUGGUCCUUACUCGCUCUAUUACUGAAAUAAAUUAAGUAGAAAAUAAAAUAAAUAUUUAUUUUUAUAUAUC